UUUGUUCUCAUUAUUUGUUCCCCGCAACCAACCAUCCUUUAUCACCACCAAUCCUCCGGUCUCUUUCAAAUCGCAUUGUGUGCCAGACCUCACGAUCAUGACUAUAUAAAGAUCACGACGUCUCUGAAUUGUCCUCGGCUGUUUCACUCAAAGCUCACCUUACCCGGACCGCAUUCACGCACCGCCUCGACCGCAACAACUCCGUAAUCAGCCGGAAAACCAAGAUCAGAAAAGGCAGAAGCAUAAGCGCAAGGAUGGAAUAUCUGCCAGACUCGAUCACGCAACACCUCACCACGACCUCCUUCUCGGCGCUCACCGCCCACCUCAACACCUCGUACCUGACGCCGGCGCUCGCGCACGUCCGCGCCGCCUACAUCGACCCCUACCUCGUGCGCCCGGCCGCCAGCUACCUCGCCGCCUCCUCGGGCGCCAUGCCCGACCUCAUCUCCGUCACCCUCCUGCUGGUGAUACUGUUCCUCUCGCUCAAGCUGCUCGACUACGCCCGCCGCGUCGUCAUGUUCUGGGUCAGCCUCGCGUGGUGGCUGCUCUGGUGGGGCACCGUCCUCGGCGUUGGGGUCUGGCUGUACACCAGCGGCGUCGAGCGGGCGGCCCGCGACGUUGGGUGGUUGGUCGGCCUCGCCAGGGGGCUUUUGGGAGGUCUCUUCGAGGAUCUGGAGCGCGCGGGGCGGCAGCACCACCCACAGCAACAUGGAGGACGGCAGCCGGGGGUUUUUGGGGGAAAUAAUGCUGCGGGGUUUGGCGGCAGGGGCCAGCAGGUUCCUCUGGGGAGGUAUUGAACCUCUCCCGGGCUUUCUGUCUGCUUGGUUUCUUUCACUUUCGUUUUGGUAUGUUUGCCGGGUUGGUGGGCGUUUGGUGUGAAGUCAAGUGAGCCAAGCUACCCAGUAGAUGUUCAUGUAUGCUAUGGUUGUUUAUAGUGUACUAUACUUAUACUAUGGGCUUGUGUGUGGCUUGCGCUUCGGGCUGGAUUUUCGCCAUGUCUUUGGGUUUAGAUUUCUUUGGAAUCACUAUUGUUAUUUAUUAUUUCAU